CGGUUUUGACGUGAGUGACAGGCGGAAGACGGGCUAAGUGUGAGGUACCCUUUUUUUUUGGUACCGGGAAGUUACAGCUGCUGCACCCGGAAAUGAUCAAGAAAUUUGAUAAGAAGGACGAAGAGUCCGGAAAUAGCUCAAAUCCUUUCCAGCAUUUAGAGAAGAGCGCCGUCCUGCAAGAGGCUCGACUAUUCAACGAAACGCCCAUCAAUCCGAGAAGAUGUCUUCAUAUAUUAACCAAAAUUCUGUACCUCCUGAACCAGGGUGAGCACUUUGGAACUAUGGAAGCCACUGAAGCAUUUUUUGCUAUGACACGGUUAUUCCAGUCAAAUGAUCAAACUCUUCGGCGAAUGUGUUACCUCACCAUCAAGGAAAUGGCUAAUAUCUCUGAGGAUGUGAUUAUUGUCACCAGCAGUCUAACCAAAGACAUGACGGGGAAAGAAGAUGUGUACAGAGGGCCGGCCAUACGGGCGCUGUGCAGUAUCACUGAUGCCACCAUGCUGCAGGCCAUUGAGAGAUAUAUGAAACAAGCCAUUGUGGAUAAAGUUCCAAGUGUGUCCAGCUCUGCGUUGGUCUCCUCAUUACAUAUGAUAAAAAUAAGCUACGAUGUGGUGAAACGCUGGAUCAAUGAGGCUCAAGAAGCAGCGUCUAAUGACAACGUCAUGGUACAGUAUCACGCACUUGGUCUUCUCUACUAUCUUCGAAAAAAUGACCGUCUUGCAGUUUCUAAGAUGCUGAACAAGUUCACUAAAUCUGGAUUAAAGUCUCCUUUUGCUUACUGCAUGUUAAUCCGCAUUGCAAGUCGGCUGCUGGAUGAAUCUGAAGAGGGGCACAAGAGUCCCCUGUUUGAUUUCAUUGAGAGCUGCCUUCGUAACAAACAUGAAAUGGUUAUUUAUGAAGCUGCAUCUGCCAUUAUACACCUUCCCAACUGUACAGCAAGGGAGCUGGCCCCUGCAGUGUCAGUCCUGCAGCUUUUCUGUAGCUCUCCAAAACCUGCCCUGAGAUAUGCUGCAGUCCGAACCUUAAACAAGGUGGCGAUGAAACACCCGUCAGCUGUUACAGCCUGUAACCUUGAUCUAGAGAACCUGAUCACUGAUUCCAACCGCAGUAUCGCUACCCUGGCAAUUACCACGUUACUGAAAACCGGCAGUGAGAGCAGCGUGGACCGACUUAUGAAACAGAUAUCUACCUUUGUGUCUGAGAUCUCUGAUGAAUUUAAGGUGGUGGUUGUGCAAGCUAUCAGCGCCUUGUGUCAGAAGUACCCGCGAAAGCACACUGUGAUGAUGACGUUUCUCUCCAACAUGCUUAGGGAUGAUGGCGGGUUUGAUUACAAACGUGCUAUUGUGGACUGUAUUAUAAGCAUCAUAGAGGAGAACCCAGAAAGCAAGGAAUCCGGCCUUGCUCACUUGUGCGAGUUUAUUGAGGAUUGUGAGCACACUGUGCUGGCUACAAAGAUACUGCACCUUCUGGGACGAGAAGGACCACGGACACCCACUCCCUCCAAGUAUAUCCGUUUCAUUUUCAACAGGGUGGUACUGGAGAACGAAGCAGUCAGGGCAGCGGCUGUCAGUGCUUUGGCUAAAUUUGGUGCCCAGAAUGAGUGUCUCCUCCCCAGUGUCCUGGUGCUUCUGCAAAGGUGUAUGAUGGACAACGAUGACGAGGUCCGGGACAGAGCCACAUUUUACUUCAAUGUGCUGAAGCAGAAGCAACUAACACUGAAUGCUGCCUACAUAUUCAACACUCUGACCGUCUCGGUUCUUGGGAUGGAGAAAGCCUUGCACCAAUACACACUGGAGCCUACAGAAAAACCUUUUGACAUCAAAUCUGUUCCCUUGGCCACUGUCCCUUUUAUGGAACAGAAAACAGAUAUUGCUCCCAUGGCUAGCAAACAGUCAGAUAAAGUGGUACCUGCUCGACAAGACAUAUUCCAAGAUCAACUUUCCGCCAUUCCAGAGUUUAAGAACUUGGGGCCUUUGUUUAAGUCAUCUGAACCAGUGCAACUUACAGAACCCGAAACAGAGUAUAUCGUGAGCUGCAUCAAACACAUAUUCACAGAUUACAUUGUAUUCCAGUUUGACUGCACCAACACAUUGAACGAUCAGCUCCUGGAGAAAGUGACUGUGCAGAUGGAACCAUCGGAGGCAUAUGAAGUGGUUCAAUAUGUCCCAGCGCCAAGUCUUUCAUAUAACCAGCCCGGAAUAUGCUACACUCUUGUCCGGUUACCUGAGGAUGAUCCCACUGCAGUGUCGUGUAUCUUCAACUGUACAAUGAAGUUUCUGGUCAGAGACUGUGACCCCAACACCAGGAUCCCUGACAGUGAUGGUUAUGAUGAUGAGUAUGUGGUGGAAGACUUGGAGGUGACUCUCGCAGACCAUAUUCAGAAAGUCCUAAAGCCAAACUUUGGGGUGGCUUGGGAUGAGUUAGGUGAUGAGUACGAGAAGGAGGAAACGUUUGCACUCAGUACAACAAAGACACUGGAAGAGGCUGUUAACAAUAUAAUAAAAUUUUUGGGACUGCAGCCGUGUGAGAGGUCUGACAAGGUGCCAGACAACAAAAGCUCUCAUGUGCUGUACCUAUCAGGGGUCUUCAGAGGAGGCCAUGAUGUGCUGGUGAGGUCAAGGCUCGCACUGACUGAUGGGGUCACCAUGCAAGUCACAGUCAGGAGCAGUGAUGAAACGCCAUCAGAUAUUAUCCUGGCAUCUGUAGGCUAAACUGCAGGGGGGUGCUACCUCUCACUACAUCUCUCUGCAACCACAAAAUCCAACAUUUCAGGAACGCCUUUCUCUCAAUAUCUGCCAGCAACUGGCAUAUAAGCUCCCACAUUUUAAGCCUUAUAUAUAUAUAGUGACCUGCUUGGUUGUCAAAUAAGCCUGCAACACACAUAUAAAUAUACAGGCUUUGGGGACUCUUGGCAGUUAAGGUGUUAAAUAAUCCUUAUCCAUUCCAGAGUGAGUCCCUGCUGAGGCUGCCCAUGACAAGAUUUGCUUAUUGUCUGAACCCUCCAGGUUAUAUUUGGUAGAAAAAAAUCUCCCAUGUGCUAAGGACUGUGCAGCUCAUACUACAGAUCUGUUACUAACAACACGUUUUACCCCAACGUAGGUUAAUCUUGUUACUGGUUUGAGUUGCAUGUCCUUUCUCAGCUCACCAAUCGGGUCAGUGAACAGAGCCUUACUGUGAUGCUGACACCCUUCUGAACCAUUCCUCCAUGUCCAUCUGUCCUGCAGACUAACCAAUUAACAUAGUCUGCAAAGUCAAAAUGUUUUAUGUAAAGCUGAUUUGACCUUUUGUUGUUUUUGAACCUGAACUUGAGUUGAUGAAUUUUCAAUAAUUAAAAUAAAGUCUGAAGUGGCUAUUGAAAAACAUUUUAUUUGUAAUAAAUACUAUAACGCCCUUUAA